AAAAGAGGUCGAUCAUCAUCACUGAAAAAGAAAAGGAAAACAUUUUCAUUUUAACAAGAUUUAAACCCUAAAUUAAUAAACAGCAACUCGAAAAAAAAAACGUUUUGUUGCCCCUUGUUGUAUAUCAGAGUCGGACCGAACUCUACUCUCCGGCAACGCACCAAAGAACUCCGUCGUCGAAGAUCAGAGCUCCACUCUGCAUCACCAUUCCUCAAUUAAGGUUUCGAUGUUUGCAUAAUUUCAAGGUUCUUUCACAAUGAGACACAGUCACGGUUCAUAUCCUCCACAACUAUUGGAAAACAAACUCGCUCAUCAAGAAGCCGAAAUCGAGAGAAUCUCCGGCGACAAUCACAGAUUAUCAAUCACACAUAGAGCCUUAAGAGACGCACUCGUUGAUGCUGCACAAGAUGUGCAAAAGAUAAAAUCACACAUUAGAAGCACUCAGACUGAGAGUGAUAUUCAGAUUAGGGUUUUGCUUGAUAAGAUGGCGAAAAUGGAGGUUGAGAUUAGAGGUGGUGAUGUUGUCAAGAAGGAGCUUCAAGAGGCGCAUAUGGAGGCGCAGAGUUUGGCGGCAUCUAGGCAGGAAUUGAGGUCGCAAAUUCAGUUGGCGAGGCAGGAAUUGAAGAUGGUUGUUGGUGAUGUUGAAAGGAUACCUGAUUUGCAGGCUGAAUUUGAGGGGUUAAUGCAAGAGCAUAUAAUGAUUCGUGACACAUUCGACUAUGAAAAGAGCAAAAAUGUCGAGCUAGUAGAUCAAUUGAAAGCGAAAGAGAAGAAAGUAAUAGCCAUGGCAAGAGAAGUUGAAAUGUUACGAUCUGAGAUUUUGAAUGCUGAGAAAAGAAUAAAUGCAUCAAAUAUGUAUGGAGCUGCUCCCCCGGUAGAUGGCAAUGGUCCCUUUCUCGAUCCCUACGGGAGAGCUCAUGGUCAGAUGGCUUUUGGUCAAGUAGGAGAAUCUAUGGUGCCGGUUGGUGGCAGCAAUGGAGUAGCAGUUGUAAAUAGUGCUGAUGGUAGCGGUGCUGGUUGGGCGGGUCAAUAUGAUCCCUCAAUCGCUGGGAGGUGAAGUUUAAUGAUGCUGGUUGGGCGGAUCAAUAUGAUCGUUUCCUGUGUAAAUCUUAGAUUGGAUGGCUUUAUUGAUUGCUCAUUUCCUUAAAACAUAAUAAAAGUUUUGGGAAUUGUUGAAUUGAAAUUGCAAAUGGAGGGGGCUAGAGAUAUGUCUCGCAAACAACUUACUGCAGGCGAAGUUGUAAGACUUGCAAGCAUAUCCAUGUAGCAGUGAGCAAAUCAUGGCAUUGUUAUCUAUUUAAGUUUUUAACCUGGAGGAAGAAACUUUCUUAUAAAACAAUGCUUAGGAUCUAAUAUCCAUUCGAUGAGACUGUUUGCAAACAAGUAAACUCAAUUAAAUUUUUUCCAAUGUUUUCGUAAUAAUGCUGUUAAAUCUUUUUGCCAACUCGAGUUAAAUUUUCCAUUCAGCAAUUGUAGAGGUCU